AUGCCUUCCUCCUCCUCCUUCCAUCAACCAUGCGUGAUGCCCGUUCCUAUCCUCCUGCACCGUGCUCUUCGUGCUGUCAGUGGUGGGCGGCCAUUGGUGCUCUUUGUGCUGUCAGUGGUGGGCGGCCAUUGGUACGCAGCCUUCGAGUCCGCAUCCCGUGCAGCCAUCCUCGCCGCCUCCACCGCCGCCGCCACGGCAGCCACAGCCUCUGCCGCCGCAUCAGGCGCAUCAACAGCCGGAGCCGCUGCCCCGUUCGCAGCGGCGCUCGACCCGUGGGCGUCGCGUGUGGCGCCGGUGCUGCUGGUGUUUGCCCUGUGGCUGCACUGGGAUGCGGCCUUCUUCCUGGGCAAGUACUUUGACCGCCUCGUCGUGCCCAAGGCCGUCGUCACGGUGGGGCCCUACCGCUCGCUGCGCCACCCGCUCUAUGCGUCCUACGUGCUGCUCUUCUGCGCCUUCUGCCUCUCCCUGCACAGCUACAAGGCAAUGCUCUUCCUCUUCAUUGCAUCUCUCCUCUACUACCGGGCGCGCAUCACCCUAGAGGAGACCAUGCUACUCAAGGCCUUCCCCGAGUACAAGCAGUACUGUCAGCGCGUGCCCUACAGGAUGCUGCCCUACGUGUACUGA